CAUAUAUACAAUAUCAUACCACAAAUCUGUAGUCGAACAAACCUGUAGUUUGAAAUAAAUGGAAAUCCUUGACUGAGCUAUUUUGCUGUUGUGUCGUUCGUAAUGAAAAAGCAAUGACUGGGUGUUCAGUUCGAGGAUGUUCGAAUUCCCGAGAAAAAGGUUUUUUGAUGAAAACAUUACCAGCCGAUCCGGAAAGAAGGAGACUUUGGCUGACAGCUAUCAAUCGGCCUGCUCUUAUGAAGAGUAAAGCACCUGCUUUAUGUGAGGUACAUUUUGACAGUGAUUGCUGGGAAACACCAGGUGUUGGCGGGAAACGUAAGCUGAAAGAUGAUGCAAUGCCAACCCUCUUUCUGAAUUACGUUGGCAGAAAACAGCGUGACGAUCUGCCAAUCGUUACUCCACCUCCAAAUUAUGUAUUUGAAGUAAUGGUUCCCGACCUUAUCAUCCAAACAGACAUGACCCGGAUGAACCAGCAACAUGCAGUUAUUACUCCAGCUGCAAACUGUGUAUAUGAAAUGAUGGUUCCGGAACUAAUCGUCAAACCAGAUGUGAAAAAGUCGAUAGAAGAACCAAAACCUGAAAGUUCAACAACAGAUCACGAACAUUGUAAAAAAUUAUACGACAGAUGCUACCAAAGACUGAUGUAUUUAAAAAAAAAAUUGAAAGCGUGUCGAGCUGAAAAUAAGCGGUUGAGAGCUUUGACUUGUGAUGGAAAUACAUGUAAAGGCAUCCUGAAUGAUGCGGAGAUUGAAAUACUUGAAAAAAGAUAUAAGAAAUGUGAAAAGUGGUCCAAAGAUACAUUAGAACAAGCUUUGUGGCUCAAGCUGGCAUGUGGAAAUGCUGGAUACACUGAACUAAGGAAACGAAAUAUUCCACUGCCAUCAUUGCGAACACUAGCACACAUGCGACACGUUGAAUUUGAUCGCUGAAUUUAAAUACAGUAGAAUCUCAAUCUUAUCUACCAAACUUUACAUGAUAGAAAAUAAAACACCACUUUUUAUCUUAUGCUCACAUACUUUUGUGACAAGAUGUAAAACAACGCACCAAAUUCAAUGACAUUUCACUUUCUGUCGUCUAGUACAAAUAAGACCUAAAUUCAGUAGUCACUGCGUGGUGAUAGAUGAGAGGGAAAUAUUAUAGAAGCCACAAAGUUCGGUAAACAAGGUUUUACUGUAUGAAAAGAAAUGACUAUUUUCAUUACAAUCAUAAUAAAGGGUAUGUGAGAUAAUUUUUUUUCAAGUAUCGAACACGAUAGUCAAAGGAGGUUAUAACAUACUAAGUUACUGAAGCUCCAGGAAAUGAUUUCAUGAUUUCCCAUCAUGAAUUUGCAAAUAGGUGCUAGUAAGAACUAAAGCAAUUAUAUGAUUUCCAACAGUUGGAUCAAAGAUUAAAGUUGCCAAACCUGGGCACCGAUCUAUAUAGAGCUAGUACUCAUAUGAAAGUGAUAAUAAGAUAUAGGUAGAAGGGUAAAAUAAGAAGGAAGAGUCUGUCUAAAAAAUUUUCGGUUUAGAAAGUUGUAUGGUGAGGUAGACUCAGACAAAAUAUUAAACAUCUUGCAUCGCUCACCAAUAGGGAUUUAGAUACAUUGACGAACGCAAUACGUAUGUUCUCGAACAUAAUAGAAAGAAUUUUUACGUUUGGAUUCAUUUGUAUUCCGUUUGCAUUGUGGUCUUAGUUAUAAAGUUAGUGGUGAAGUCAUAAGUUUGUUAGUAUUGUAAAGCAUAUUGUUAAAAAUAAAAGUCAAACUUUUUAAAGCUUACUUUGGACUUACAGGGAAAAAGAAAAAUUUAUUUUACUUUGUGCAUAAACAUUAAAGACUAUCAGUUAUUUAAGAGGAUUGUUUGUUACUUCUA